UGUGCUGCGUGUGCGUGUCCACGCUUUAUGAAGGCGCGCCCCCGCGCUCCCUCAGGUGAAUGGAGAGAGUGGAGCUCUGUGUGCGUCUCCGGCCGAGCUCAAGUGACUAAAAUGGGGCUUCGCGGACUGAGCAGGACUGGGGUGUACAUGACAGUAUGCCUUCUCUGGGUGACUGGAUGCUUUACGCAAAAAGUUUACUUUGAUUGUGGAGCCAAGGUGGAUGUUGUUGAUGUCCAGGGCCUCAUUCUGUCCCCUGGAUUCCCAUACAACUAUUCAUCUGGAACUCACUGCGUAUGGCAGUUCUUUGUGCCUGUCGGUCACCAGCUAGUCAUGGAGAUGUUUGAUUUUGACGUCUUCGAGAGUCACAGUAGCCCUGCGAGAUUCACCACUGCUUCAGUUCUGGAAGAGUUACCAAACGGUGAUGGCACGCUGGUAUCAAAAAGCCUCGCGAGUCCAAAGGAGCCCCAAUCCACACACAGAGAAGAGGUCAAACAAGUGGUGAUCCAAGAGCAGUCCACCAAAAUGGAAAUGACCAAAGUUUCCAAUUCUGCCAAAAUACUCUCUGAUUCCCCCUCGGCUGCUCAAGCAUCUCUUCCGCUUUCUCGAGGACAGCCAGUCAAAGACCGAAAUUCGGUUUCAUCUCAGUCAUCAAGAGCAGCCAGAGACUUUAUCUCCACAAGUCCACAAACAGACACGGAUGAAGCUGUAAGCCCUGAAACCCAGUCCCCUCUGGUGGAUGCCUGUCCGCACGAUGUCCUCUACAUAUCUGAUCUCAUUACCUUCUCCUCCCGAUUCUGUGGAUCCAGGCGUCCGUUGAGCAGCCAACUGGUAUUUGGCUCUGAAGAUGACAUGGUGGAGGUUAUCAUGGAGCUGAUCACUACUACCCACUGGGGCCGUGGAUUUGCUCUCCUCUUCCAUUAUCAGAAUCAAACAAAAGCAGCCAUGACUGAACAGCAGAGAUCGGUGUUGACCUCGGAUAGCAGAACUAGUGCACUGCUCGGUGCAGUAAGUGGAACAGUCGCAUUCGCGGUGGCUCUCGCUGGCGUACUCUGUGCGAUUUUCAGACCGAAAUUAUGUGCGAAAGGAGCCAAUGCAUCCUCUUCCAUCAGCUCAGAGGUUCCAGAAGGAGUUUUAAAUUCAGCAGCAGAUGUGAGUGAACUGCAGAUGGUUUCUCCUAAUGACUCGGAGCAGCAGCACAACGACAACAACAACCAUUCCCUCAACCGCAGUCUGUCCCACACAGGGUCUUCAGUAAAAGCAGCCUGUGAAGUGUCAGAUAAAGCUGCUCUGGAGCUCUUCUCUUCUGGUCUGACUGAAUUAGAGCUGGGCACAGACGAGGUGUUUGUCAUCGCAUCUGCACCCACUUCAGCACAGCUGCCCUUCUCUCCACACAUUCAACGCGAUCGUUUCCUGAGACACAGUGACACUGGACCCAGCCACCCCUUCGACUGGUCGACUCCGAAUCCAGCACUGCCGUCUGCCACAAAGAGCAGCUUUACUGGAUCAACAAACAGCGCACGACCACGAGCAUGGAGUGUCCGAACCUUCCGGGAUCUUCUCCCUCCUCUUCCUCAACUCCAUAAGAAAUGGUGCAGCUGGAACUCAACCAGCCCAUUCACCAAACUGGUGGACACUGGAUUCUCAAGCACAGCUCCAGAAUCCAGAAGGGGAAAGACCCUCCCUGAUGCUUCUCUUUGUAGUCCGAUCAACAGCUGCCACUCGGACUCCUUCAUGAGCAAUGCCUCAUACCCUCUAACUCAGCCUGGCCAGCGCCAGAGACGCCUCAACUCCACCAGCAACCUCCGCCGCACUCGCUUCAACACACCAUGCUUCGGCCUGCUCUCUGGCACCUCCGAGACCUCAAAACCACAAGCCAAUGGAAUCCCAACAACAAACGCGCUCCCAGACACAAGCGGCACUCCAUCCAGCCAGCAGCAGGUCCCAGACGAAGCGUUAAACUCUGAAGAACCCCCCGUGUUUGCAAUCUCAGAAGAGGAGGACCGACAGCCUCUGGUGUCGCCAGAACAUCCCGAGAAGCCCUUGAGAAUCAACGGACAGAUGUUUGAAGGCCCAAAAAUGCCACUGCUUUCAAAAUGCCACGUUCCCAGCAUCCAGCCCACUUCUUUAGUGAGCUUAUCAGAGGAUCCUUCAGCUCUCUCUUGCUCACAGUGACUCCCACAAGGUUUGAGCGUGAAGGUCAUGUGACCGAUUCAGCCAAUAGAUGAUGGGGAAAAUGCACAAAGUGGGUUCCUGGUGUCUUCAAAUUGAACAAAACACGUUAUUUUAAUGCGUGACGAUGUAGCUUGGAAUUUCAUAGGGGUUUAUUUUGGAAUAUUGGCAUGAAUGAGAAACGAAAGCACUUCUUUUUCUUCGUCUUAUUGUAUCCGCACAGUUAACUUGCUAAGUAUAAAGUCAUCUAACAGUAUGUUUAGAAGUACUCCUGUUUGUAUAUGAUACACUUUUAACUGCUCACUUAAUGUUUCCACUCACUACUGAGAGUUUAAAGAGUUGUAGAUGGCCUGCAUUGUUGCGUUCAUUAUGAAAUUCCAUAUAUCAGCUCUAUGAAAUACACCGCUUGUUCCUAAUCCGUUCACAACACGUAGAAGACCAAUUAGUGGAUCCGGAUGAAAGCUGCUUGGCAUCUCUUGACUUCCACACGUGUUUUGUUUUGUUUUUCACCAUGGGUCCAAUACACGGUUUUAAACAGGAGAAAAAAAAAAAGUAAAUAAAUUGUAACUUGUCUUAUUUCUCAAGGUACUUAAGUCAGUUCUACAAAUAAUUUCAAUAAAGUUACUGCUAUCACUUCCUCUGUGCCAUCUGUGGCGAUCAUUUAUGCUGCUAAAUAUGCACUGAUGCAAUACCUGAAAUUGUGUAUACGAUCAUAUUUUUAUAACGUAUUCAAUUCCAUAUAUGCUGCAACUGUUUUCAUUAUAUUGUCGACUGUACUGAUUUUGAUGGAUUUUAAAAGGGAACUAAUCACUGUACAGACAUUUAAAUGCAGUAACUAACAUUUCAUGCAUAAA